UCCAGUGAGGGAGAGAGUCGCGAGCGUAGUUCCGCGCAUUGUCGACCAAUUUUUUCGUCGAAUCGAGGGAUUUUCGCGAACAACUGGGGCGUCGGGCGGGCGCGCGUCACCCCAGUGCCCGUAUCCGAGCGAGUAUCGUUCCACGGGAGGCUUGAGGUCACCCGUGGACGCCGGAAGAACCCGUACGUGUGAAUCGGAAUCGCAGUCGAGGCGCCGCGCGUAUAGUCCCGAUAAAGAUACACCGUAAGAACGCCGUGUGAGAGAGAGAGAGUGAAUACAGUUUGGUGUACGCAGUGUAGCCGGUGAAAAAUACUCGAGUACCACCCGGGAGUACUGGUGGGCCCGAGGAAUACAGGGAGAAUCGCCUCCGACAGGAGACGGUGUUCAACAAGUCGUGAUGUGUUGGAGGUUCGGCGGUCCUUGUCCAAAAACCGACCAGAAAUCAGUGUUAGGAAAGCAAUUUGUGUGACAAAGCAUAAAAGUGCAAAAUUGUACACCCAGACAUACGAAGAGGCUUCCUUACCAGUGGACAGUAGGACUUCCUUGGAAGAAAGCAAAUAUUUUUAGUGACACUGAGAGUACAAGUGAAAACUUUUAAAAUUGGGGGGGCUGUUUGACCGAUGGACAAACGGAAGAUGAUGCCCAAACGCCCUCGAAUGGAGAACCUGAGGGGUCCUAUUGCAAAUGGACCCAUUCAGACACGACCGUUAGUGGCUUUGUUAGAUGGCAGAGACUGCUCUAUUGAAAUGCCUAUCCUCAAAGAUGUCGCAACUGUGGCCUUCUGUGAUGCACAGUCUACAUCUGAAAUUCAUGAAAAGGUACUAAAUGAAGCUGUAGGAGCAUUAAUGUGGCACACCAUAAUUUUGACAAAAGAAGAUCUUGAAAAAUUUAAAACUUUACGGAUCAUUGUAAGAAUUGGAUCUGGGGUAGAUAACAUAGAUGUCAAGGCAGCAGGAGAACUUGGCAUUGCUGUGUGCAAUGUGCCCGGCUAUGGCGUUGAAGAAGUAGCUGACACCACUCUUUGUCUCAUUCUAAAUUUAUAUCGACGUACGUACUGGUUGGCAAACAUGGUACGCGAAGGAAAAAAAUUCACAGGUCCAGAACAGGUCAGGGAAGCUGCAACAGGAUGCGCAAGGAUACGGGGUGACACACUUGGAAUAGUGGGGCUAGGUAGGAUUGGCUCUGCCGUCGCAUUGCGUGCCAAAGCAUUUGGUUUCACUGUCAUCUUUUACGAUCCCUAUCUACCAGAUGGAAUUGAAAAAUCUCUUGGUCUUAAUAGGGUCUACACAUUACAGGAUUUGCUAUUCCAGUCAGACUGUGUAUCCUUGCAUUGUACCUUGAACGAGCACAACCACCAUUUAAUUAAUGAAUUCACUAUAAAACAGAUGAGACCCGGCGCCUUUUUAGUCAAUACAGCAAGAGGUGGUCUGGUAGAUGAUGAUGCAUUAGCCGCAGCGCUGAAGCAAGGCAGAAUUCGUGCAGCAGCACUCGAUGUACACGAAAAUGAGCCAUACAACGUCUUUCAGGGUCAGUCCUCGCAGUGUCCAUUGAAAGAUGCGCCCAAUCUGUUGUGCACACCACACGCAGCAUUCUACAGCGAUGCAAGUUGCACCGAACUUCGUGAGAUGGCAGCCAGUGAAAUACGAAGAGCUAUCAUCGGUCGCAUACCCGACUGCUUGCGAAACUGUGUGAACAAGGAAUACUUCUUUUCCUCAACCGGCAGCUACCCUGAGGGGAUCAACGGCGGAUACUAUUCCGGGGGGCUGCCCGUUCAACAGGCGCAUUCAACGACUCCUCACGAUUCUGCACCCCCACCUCCUGGUGGGCAUUCCGUCGUCGGCGGCGGUGGUGGUGGGGGUGGUGGCGGACCGAACUCCUCUGCAGGCGGUGCAGGCGCCGGGGGUCCGACAGGCCCUACGGGUCCAACGGUAGGUGGCGGUGGGGCUGGAGGCCCUGCUUCAGCUCCUCCUACUGCUGGAUUAACCGGUAUACCACACAGCAUAGUGAGCGAGCCUGACCCCCGGCCAAGCCCACCUGCACCGAGCCCUCGUUGACCUUGAACCCCCGACGUCCACUCCAGCACCACCCUCCGAUCUAAUUUCCCUUAGCCAUUCACACACGACCUCCGACGACAAAUGGCCGAUUGACUAACGUGUGUCGUGCACGAUGUGCCCAAAAAAAAAA